AUGCUAUUCUCUUGGCUUUUUAUUUCCUGGUUUUUACAGAUGCCAACUCUCAUCUGCAUCAUUGCAUUCCCUUCCUGCUUUAGUGAUACAAAACACUAUUUAUAUCAAGAUGGGACUGUAAUAAUUGGUGCAUUUUUACCUAUUUUUCAAUUAUGCCCAGUGAAAGAAACAGUGAAUUGGAAAAUAUUACAUUUUGAUGUAGAACAUUAUAUGGGUGAGUCUCUCAGAAAGUACCAACUUGUUUUGGCCAUGUUAUAUGUCAUCAAUGAGAUCAACUCGAACUCCAACAUUUUACCAAACACCUCUCUGGGACUUGAGAUUUAUACUCUGCCAUAUUAUGAAAGGAAUAUUCUGAGGAAUAUAUUCCACUGGCUCACGGGCUUGAGCACCUCCAUUCCUAAUUACAGCUGUAGACAACAGAGCAAAUCAGUUGCAGCACUUACAGGAAUAUCAUGGCGAACAUCUGAAAAUAUUGAGAGACUGCUGAGUCUUUACAAAUUUCCGCAGCUUUCUCUGGGGCCUUUUGAUCAUAUUCUGAAUGACAGAAGGCAGUUUCCUUCUCUGUACAAGGUGGCCCCAAAAGAAGAAUCUCUAUUAUGUGGUAUUGUCUCUUUGAUGCUUUAUUUCAACUGGACCUGGGUUGGACUGGUCACCAGAGAUGACCACAGUGGCACUCAAUUUAUAUCACACUUGACAAAGGAGUUCGACAAGAAUAACAUCUGCCUAGCUUAUGUAUGGGCAAUAUCAGUUAUAGGGGAAACAAUAUAUCGUUUGUCAAAUAGUUUUUAUUUCAAUAAUGCGAAGUCAUCAGCAAAAGUGGUCAUAAUUUAUGGAGACAUUAAAUUUAUAUUUUUUGAAACAGAAAAUAUCUAUAGAAAGUUCAUACUGGGAAAAGUUUGGGUCACAACCUCAAAAUUGCUAGGCUCAAAAUAUACAGAAUACAACAUAUUAAGUUUAUCCCACGGAAUUCUCACUUUUUCACCCCAUCAUGGGGAGAUUCCUGGUUUCACAAAGUUUAUUAAAGAGGCUACACCUAUCAAGUACCCAGAAGAUAGUUUUCUUCAUUUCCUGUGGAGUUCAAAUUUCAACUGUUCAUUUUCACAUACUGAAUGUAAAAUACUUAAAGACUGUAUGCCCAAUGCCUCUUUGGAAUUGUUGCCAAAGAAAAAUUUUGAUAUGGUCAUGUCUGAAGAGAGUUACAAUGUGUAUAAUGCUGUGUAUGCCAUUGCCCACAGCCUCCACGAGAUGAUUCUCCACAAGUUUCAAAUUGAACCACAGGCAAACAAAGAUAGGAAUACGUAUUUCCCCUGGCAGCUUCACCCUCUUCUGAAGAAUAUUCAAGUGAUAAAUUCUAUUGGUGACCAUGUGGUCCUUGACUGGAAAAAGAAGACAGACCCAGAGUAUGAUAUUAUCAACCUUUGGAAUUUCCCAACAGGUCUUUCACUAUUUGUAAAUGUGGGUAAAUUUUCUCCAAGAUCUUCCCAAGGCCAACGAAUGUCAGUAUAUGAACAAAUGAUUCAAUGGCCCAUAGUAUUUACAGAAACCCCACAGUCUGUCUGCCAUGAGAGCUGCAUUCCUGGAUUUAGGAAAGUCAUCCCGAAGGGCAAGAUUAACUGCUGCUUUGUUUGCAUUCCUUGCCAUGAGAAUGAGAUUUCCAAUGAGACAGAUAUGGAACAGUGCAUGAAGUGUCCAGAAACUCAUUAUACAAAUGCAGAAAAGAGACAGUGCCUCAAGAAAACUAUAACCUUUCUGUCCUAUAAAGAUCCUUUGGGGAUGGGACUCGCGAUCAUGUCUCUGGGAUUCUCUGCUCUCACAGCUCUUAUUAUUGGGGUCUUUGUAAAGUACAGAGAUACUCCCAUUGUGAAGGCCAAUAAUAGAUCUCUCAGUUACAUCCUGCUCAUAACUCUCAUACACUGUUUCCUCUGUCCUUUGCUCUUCAUUGGACUUCCAAACACAACCACUUGUAUCCUGCAGGAGAAUUUAGUUAGACUUUUCUUCACAGUGGCUUUAUCAUGUGUGUUGGCCAAAAGCAUCACUGUUGUCAUGGCCUUUCAGAUUACUGCUCCAGGAAGAAAAACAAGGUGGUUGCUGAUAUCACGGGCCCCAAAUCUGAUCAUUCCAGUUUGUAACCUGAUACAAAUACUAUUCACUAGUAUAUGGCUGUGUACAGCUCCUCCAUUUGUUGAAAUGGAUGCUCACUCUGAACAUGGAUAUAUCAUCAUUCUAUGCAACACGGGUUCAACUCUUGCCUUCCAUGGAACACUGGCCUACUUGGGUGGCAUGGCUAUUACUAGCUACUUCAUGGCUUUUUUGUCCAGGAAUCUGCCUGACAUAUUUAAUGAGGCUAAGUUCCUGGCUUUCAGUAUGCUGGUGUUCUGCUGUGUCUGGGUCACCUUUCUCCCUGUCUAUCACAGCACCACAGGGAAGGCUGUGGUAGUUAUAGAAAUUUUCUCUAUCUUAGCUUCCAGUGCAAGCAUUCUAAGCCUAAUCUUUGCUCCAAAAUGCUAUGUUAUUUUGUUCAGAUCAGAGAAAAACACAAUUCAUACAAUUAGGAAUAAAAAUCUUCAUAGAAGUAAAACUUUAUUUAAAUUAUAG